AUAUGCGCUCCUCGCACCACGUGACUUCCUUUCUGGUAAAACCUGACAACAUGGACGCCAGCCGCGUGCAGCCGAUCAAGCUUGCUAGAGUCACAAAGGUCCUCGGAAGAACCGGUUCUCAGGGCCAGUGUACACAGGUCCGAGUCGAGUUCAUGGACGACAGCAACCGCUCCAUCAUCAGGAACGUGAAGGGCCCCGUCAGAGAAGGAGAUGUGCUGACACUUCUGGAGUCUGAGAGAGAAGCCAGGAGGCUGCGAUAGAUGGUUUGACGGAGUUAUUUUCAGUGGAAGAUGAAGCUAUGGAACAUCCGGUUGCUCCAGCUCUACUCACUGGGACUAUAGCUCAUGUUCACAAUUUCAAAAUACCUUCAAAUGUUUUGAAAUAAACUUGGGUAUUCACAUGUU